UGAGGUAGGUGCUGCUGCCACCAUUAUUCCACCGCCGCAGAACAGAGCAGUCAACACUCGGCCUCCUUCCUUAAAAUCGAUUUGACUUUUUAUUUCUUCCAAAAAUAAAAAAUAAAAUUAUAUACUAGUAUAUUGGUUUUGUAUUUUUCUCCUAAGUAACAGGUGUGAUGGGAUUUGGUCCCAUAUUUUGAUUUCUUCCUCAGUGUAUAUUAUGGAGGAUUGCUCAUUAUCUGGAGUUUGGGUGGUGGCAGGUGCUGAGUCAAGUGUCGAUUCCAGUUGAGCUAGUCAAAAGGAGGAAUCAUUUUCCCCCUUCUCCUUUCCCGUUCAUCGUCGCCUUCAUGUUUCGCCAUAGACGCGCUUUCUUACCUUGGCUUGUUUUCUCCAUAUGGCUCAUGUUACUGCUCCUUCUCUCUGCCAAUUACUGAUUUCUUCUCUUCGCACUGCCUCUCGGUUUCUGCUCGCUUUCUUCAGAUUCGUCUCCGCCACCAUUUUCAGCCAUUGCUUGAAAAAUGGAGAAAAGGAAAUAUGUGUUAUUGGAACUGAGGUGUGCAGUCUUGAGGAGGAAGAACCGGAAGUGUGUUUGAAGUUCAAGUUUCCGACAUACCAAGAGUUUCGAGAAACCAACAAGGAAUCCGGCUAUGGUGAGCAGAGGUUUCCCGUGAAUAAAAUCAAUGAGACCGUUGGAAAAGACGUUUAUUUUUCGUUGAAAGAAAAGGGGUUUGCUGCUGAUGUCGGAAAAGAUGAUAAUGAUGGAAUCAGGGCAAUGGAGUUUGUGGCAGAGAAGGCUAAAACAGAACUACUGCAGAAUGAGGAAGGAAAUGAUCGUCAAUUUCUUGAAUCCAUGGCUACCGAUUUGGAUUUGGAUUUGUGUUCUGAUUCUGGUUCUGAUUCUGAUUCUGAUUCUGAUUCCUCCUCAAGCAUUGAGCAUAUGAACUUGAUGAACCAUUUAGUGGAUUCUUACAGGGUUGGUUUUUCCAAUCUGGAUGGAGACGAAGAUGAAGUGAUCAGUUUUGAAAUAGCUGAGCUCGAACACAAUCAUUCCCAAAACAUGGAUGGAUUUAACUCCUGCUCAGACACCACUGCGAAAGACAAUGGGAGUGAAGUGGAUUCAAUUCCAGCAGAUGGUUGUCCUUCGGACAAAACAGAUUCAGACAUGGAUGAGAAUGAAUUAGAGUCGCUGUGGGAGCAUCAAGAACUGGUUGAACAGCUUAAAAUGGAGCUGAAGAAGGUGAAGGCAACAGGGCUCCCCACCAUAUUAGAAGAGUCCGAGCCUCCGAAGAUCAUCGAAGAUUUGAGACCAUGGAAGAUGGAUGAAUUCCACCCCCAAGAUUCCAUCGGGGAGCUUCACAAAUUCUACAAAAGUUACCGCGAAAAAAUGCGCAAAUUCGACAUCAUCAACUACCAGAAGAUGUAUGCCAUGGGUGUUCUGCAGGUGAGGGAUCCUCUGCAGUUCAUGUCCGAGCAGAAACCCUCAGCUCCGACAGCACUGAAGUCUGUCCUACUGCAGAGGUUUCCAAUAUUACGGAACAGAAUACACGGCAGCGAUCCGAUGAAGAGGUUCAUCCAGGAGCUGCAUAGCGAUCUGGAGACCGUUUACGUCGCACAGAUGUGCCUUUCCUGGGAAUUCUUGAACUGGCAGUACGAGAAAGUCCUCGACCUAUGGGACUCUGAUCCACGUGGAGUUCGUCGCUACAACGAGGUUGCUGGAGAGUUCCAGCAGUUCCAAGUCCUCUUACAGAGAUUCGUCGAGGACGAGCCGUUUCAGGAGCAGCCAAGAAUGCAAAACUAUGUCCGAACAAGAAGCGUUCUCCGCAGUCUUCUCCAAGUUCCUGUCGUAAGAGAGGACAAGAACCGGGGCAAGAAAAAGGAUCGACAAGACCUCGACUACGCGAUCACGAGCGACAUGUUAGUGGAGAUUGUCGAAGAAUCGAUUAGAAUAUUCUGGCGAUUCGUUCGUGCCGACAAGGACUGUGCGACCUCCUCCGCCAUCGCUGUGCACAAGAAAUCCCCCGAGCUCUCCAAUCCCGAAGAUCUCGAGCUGCUCGCCGAAACCAAAAAGACUCUUCUAAAGAAGGAUAGGAAGCUGAAGGAUCUCCUGAGGAGCGAAAACUGUGUGUUUCGGAAAAUCCGGCGGUGCCGAGAAGGAGACGAUGAGUCCGAUCAAGUCCUUUACUUCUUCUCACAGGUGGAUAUGAAAUUAGUGUGCAGAGUUUUGAACAUGGCCAAGGUAACAAGAGAUCAGCUGGCUUGGUGCCACAGGAAGCUCCAGAGGAUUGGUUUUGUAGAUAGGAAAAUAUAUGUAGAACCUGCUUUCUUGCUCUUCCCAUCUUAACCACAUACAACUUGCACUCUUACAUUUUCCUAUGUACUCUAAUUAGAAAAAAAAAAUAUAGGAAAAAUUUAUGUCAAGAGUGGGAUUUGAACCCACGCCCUUUCGGACCAGUACCUGAAACUGGCGCCUUAGACCGCUCGGCCAUCUUGACUGUAUGUGUAUCAUUCAUU